CUGAUCUUAUCCAGACUCUCUUCAAAUAUCCUUCUACAUAACCUUCUACUCAUCUCGCAAAACCUACAUCGCCUUUUUAUAAUAAAAAAACACUUAAGAUACAAUGUCGGCCGUGGAGAAAAAAAGACAACAAGCCCCCGUCGAGGAGGACGACUACUCUUCCGGCGACGACUAUGACUACUCCGACUUCUCAGAUGAGGAAUACAGCGACGAUGAGGAGCCGCAACAACACCAGCAGUUGCAACGACGACAGCAACAGCCGCAGAGACAGCAACAGCAGAAUGACAUCGACCCAAACUAUAAGGGUAUGAAGACAGCAUCACCGCAGUCCGCACGCAAGUCAAUGCAGCCCUUUGAGCGCAUCGGGCCUCCAGAGACCUCCAUGGAUGGACCAGUCACCUACGCACGCGCUCAACGGGGAGAGAUCCCCAUGCGAGAAGGAAAUCCCAACCAGAGUCUCCAGACGGCCGAUAACCAGAACAAGCAAACCUCUAUUGACGACGAGGAAGGAUUGAAGCUCAAGCUCGAGCUGAAUCUGGACGUGGAAGUCGAAUUGAAGGCUAGUAUCCAUGGUGAUUUGACCUUGGCUUUGCUGUAAGUUUUCCCUCUCCCUUAAUUUGUCUCUUUUUUCUCUUCCCCUUCCUUCUUCCCAAAUUCACUUGGAUAGAGCUUAGAGUUCUAAAAGGUCUUGAACAAAUGCAGUGCAUAGACGAAAAAGAAGGACACAAUAUACCUUUCUCGCAAUCUCUUCAAUCGAUACUCCGCGUCCAUCACCUUCUACCGACCGGCUCUGUACACUGCACGAUCGAUACAACCGUUUUAUAAAGUCGACCCUCGCCGGCUAUACGCAUCGAGGGGCUAUCAUAUCCUACCCCAUCCGACAGCUACUCGAACGAAAAGAUGAUCUGAAUUUCUUUCUGGUCUGGUCUAGUUCACUCUGGCCUGGCUUCUUGAUAGAAGUACUCUACCUACCG